AUGUUAAUAUAUUUAUUAAAAGUAAUAUUAAGCAAUGUUUUAUCUAUAGAAUUAUCAAAUAAUUUAAUAUGUAUACAGGGAGGUAGAGAUAUAAAGAACAAGAGAGCUGAUAUUAAAAAUACGUUAAUUGAUUUAUCUAAUAAUAAAUUAAAUAAAAAACACAAUCUAUUUACAGUUGAUAUAAAUAGAAUGUUUUAUGAUGAUGGAAUUAAUGAUAGAAUUAAUGAUGUUACUAAUUAUGUUAAUAACUUUAAAAAUGAUGAUCUGUUUUAUUAUGGAACUAAAAUAACACCCUAUUUAUUAUUAAAUAGUUAUUUUGAUAAACUUUUUGAAAGUGGUACAAUUGAUAGAGUUAAUAAUGUAAUUGUGAGUGUGAGAGAUUAUUAUGAUGAUGAGAUAUAUAAGAAAAUAGUCGGAUCAUUUGAUAAUUUGAAUGCAAUGGUUGUUCCAGAAAGCACAUCAGCUGCUAUAUUUAAAAGUAAUAGUCUAUCACUUAAAGAAUUUUGUAUUCUUAAUUUUAGAGGUGAGAAGGUUAUUAAGAGUGAAUUUAAUUUAGAUAAUAAAAAGUUAGAAUUGGUUAAAAGAAUUGAGAUUGUUUCUGAAGUUAAUGAUGCAUUAAUUGAUAAGCUUAUUACUGAUUUGAUUAUUAAAUCAUUAAAAAAGACUAAUAGUUCUAUUAAAUGUAUUCCUUAUGAUAAACUUGAAUAUGGUUAUAAGUUUACUGAUAUUAAAGAGAUUAAAGACAAUGUGUUGUUAAAAAUUGGUCAAGGAAAUACAGAAUAUACACACGGUUAUAUUGAGUUAUUUAAACUGAAUAAAAAUAAGAAUGAUGAGAUUGAAAUUAGUAAAGUUGCAGCUAUAUCAGAACUUAAAUUGGAUUUAAAAACGAUAAUUAAUGUUAUUAAUAGUGUUGAUAUCAACAGUAUGGUAGAUGGAAGGGAUACUUUUAUAAUUAGUGAUUAUAUUAGUAGUAAAAAUUAUAAAGUUUCUAAUAUUGACAUUGGUGAGAUCUGUUGGGGAAAUACCUUCAUUAGUAAAUUUGAUGUUAAAGAUGAAAAAAUUUGUAAAGAAGUUGACAUUUGUAAAUCAAUAAUUGAUUUUAAAUCAAAAAAGUUUAUAAUUGAGAAAGCGAGAUCAAAACUAUUAAAAUUUAAAGAUAGUGAUUUUAAAUAUUUUAGUAAAAAGAAUAGUUUGGAUGAAUUUAAAGAAUUAUUAGAAAAGAAUAGAGAGGAUAUUUUAGAUAAAAGAAUUUUAAAGAAAGUCUUUGAUUCUAGUUAUGAAUUCAAUAAAAAAUAUGAUGAGAUUAAGAAAAUUAAUAAUGAUAUCCAAAGCAAAUAUUAUCAAUAUGGUUUUCAUUUAAAUCAACUUAAAAAAGGUCUUAGUGAAUUAGAAAAUAUUACACCUGGUAAAUUUGAAGAUUAUUGUAAAAAUGUUAAAGACUUAAUAGCGGAGGGGAAUAUAGAGAAAGUUGAAGAUAUUAAAAAGGAAUCAAUGAAGUUUAAAAUAAUGAUUAUUGAAGAAAAAAAUUUAAUUCAAUCAAUUAAAAAGUAUAAAACUGAUGUUGAUUUUAUUAAGAAAAGUAUAAAUGAAAUUGUUAAAGGUAAAAUUAAGUUUCCUGAAGUUGUUGAAUCAGAAGAUAAUUUUAGAUUAGCACAUGUUGUUGUUGAAUCUAUUAAAGGUGAGUUUAAAAAUAUUGAUAAAAAUGCUUGUAAGAAAUUUGAUUUAAAUGAUGAUGAUGUUAUUGAUAAUUUUAUUGGAAUGUUAAAAUUACUAUUUAAUUUUAAAGAUGAAGAUUUGAUUGAUUUUAAUUUAAAAGAUUCUUUAGUUAUUGUAAGAGAUUUAUUUGAAGAAAUUAGAAAGAAGAAAGCAGAAGAAGAAAAGGAAUUACUAAAAAAGAAACAAGAGGAAAUUAAGAAGAAUGAUAAUAAAGAAGAAUUAAAAGAAGAAGUCAAUAAUAAUGAAGAAUUUAAGAAAGAUAAUGAAGUUAAAGAUGAAAUUGAAGAUAACAAUAAGAAUGUUUUAUUGUAA